CAGUUGGUCCAAGCACCAGCUAGUCCACCACCGCAACCUGAUGGACACCAAAACACUCUAACGGUCACCUCCGCAGCCCUGAAAGACAGCCAGUGGACCGAAGUUUGCGCUCCAGUUCCAGUGGGAGUUUAGUGGUAUGUGAAGAACUUCUUUGAGAUAGUGUCGAUAAAGAGGAAGGCUGCAGGGAGAGAGAGAAGGCACGCAGAUUGAACUCAGCUCCAGCGCGCAGCGGCGGCAAACGGCACCAUGAGCGUCCCGCUUUACGCACCGACUCCCAUCCAGCCGGCUCACCCGACACCUUUCUACAUCGAGGAUAUUCUGGGGAGGACUACUAGCACCACCGCCACCUCCUCGCCACCUUCCUCAUCUUCCUCCUCCUCGUCCUGUUCCACUCCGAUCAUCCCCACGCCGACUCUCCCCUCGCCGAAUUCCUCCUUCACGAGCCUCAUCUCGCCGUACAGGACGCCGAUUUACGAGCCCACACCGAUCCACCCGGCGCUGUCUCACCACGCAGCUGCUGCGUUGACCGCGACGUACGCCUCCGCCGGGGCUUUCGCCGGCUCCAUCUACCCGUUCCACCACCAACACCACCGCUCCAUGGGGGAGUACGCACAAGCGCUGCUCAGGCACGACCCUCUAGGGAAACCUCUCCUGUGGACUCCCUUCAUACAGCGGCCCUUACAUAAAAGAAAAGGCGGUCAGGUCCGGUUCUCUAACGACCAGACCAUCGAGCUGGAGAAGAAGUUUGAGACGCAGAAAUACCUCUCACCCCCGGAGAGGAAGCGGCUGGCCAAGAUGCUGCAGCUCAGCGAGAGACAGGUGAAAACCUGGUUCCAAAAUCGACGAGCGAAGUGGCGACGAUUAAAACAGGAGAAUCCACAGGGAGGUAAGAGGGAGGUGGAGGAGGACAGUUCAGCAGGGAGGAGUACUAAAGGAGACGAGCUGACCGAGCCUUCCGGGAUCCAGAACCCGGAGCAGAGACAGACAGUCCCGGCCUCGGAGCUGGGCCAGGCGGGCUGCUGCCUGCGCUCCGUGUCCCCGCAGCAGUCCCACACUGAGCUGGACUCUGACGUGUCAGAUGAUACAGACCAGGAGCUUGACAUUGAGGACGACGACGAGUUCACAAUGAACCCAUAGCUAUGAAGUGCACUGACACUGGAUCCAGUCGGACAUUCUGAGCUAAAUGAUGAAGAUCACUGGACUCCUCUGACCCUGCAGCCUGACAGGCUGAUUAGUUCCUGAUGUCAUUUGUGGGUAAAAAUGAAGGUAACACUUUACAAUAACCAACUAAGUGAUGUUUAUAGAUGGUUUAUAGACCAAUAAUUAACCAUUCACAAAGUGCAUUUAGACAUAUUUAGUCUUUAAAUGUCUUAAACCAAUUUCUUAAAGGUAUAUGAAUCAUUUCAAAAUCAUUAACAUACUUAAUAUGAUGUUAAAAACGUUAAAAUGAGUGCAACUAUUCAUAAACUAUUAAUUAUAAUUUCAUUGUUUGUUAAUGGUAGCUAAAUUAACUAUACAUUUAUAUUAAUAAACCAUCUAUUUGCCAUUUAUAAAUGAUGUUGUUAGUUAAACAUUAAUACAUUAUGUAUUUACCAUUCUAAAUGGCCUAUAAAUUGUUUAUAAAUGAUAAUAAACCAUUAAUAAACCAUCUGUUUACCAUUUAUGAAUGAUGUUGUUAGUUAAACAUUAAUAAAUUAUGUAUUUACCAUUCUAAAUGGCCUAUAUAUGAUUUAUAAAUGAUAAUAAACCAUUAAUAAACCAUCUAUUUGCCAUGUAUAAAUGAUGUUGUUAGUUAAACAUUAAUACAUUAUGUAUUUACCAUUCUAAAUGGCCUAUAUGUGGUUUAUAAAUGAUAAUAAACCAUUGACAAACUAUCUGUUUACCAUUUAUAAAUGAUGGUUAUUGUAAAGUGUUACCAUAAUGAAUCCCAAAAAUAUCACUUUUACCAUCUUCCAGUUCACACAGGACUGUCAUCUCUAUUGUAAACGUUUCUUUGUGUAUAUAAUGCGUAGCACUCUGUUGUAUUUGUGUUGGUUGUGUCUGUGUGUCGUCUGGGUUGUCCUCAUGUCUAAAGGUUUAUGGGCUGUAGCCUUAAAAUGUGAUAUUCCAUUAAAUAAUCACUGUAGCGCAAGUAAUGUUUUGUUGGGUGAUAUCUAAUAAACUAUUUUUGUGGUAAGAAUACAUGUUGGAAUUUGGAACAGUUGGAAUUCGACUGUGAUUUAUUAUUUUGUAUUUCCUGAAAUUCCAAAGGAAGAAAAAAUUAUGUAAUGUUUUGAGCUAUUUACCAAAUAAU